AUGUCUUUCUACGAUUAUUAUGACGACUCUCAGGAGUCAAACGAGUACUACACCAGAAAAAUCUCCAAGACGUCUAGCUGCACAGAAUGGAGAGGCUGGACAGGCGAAUACUCAUCCCUGACACCUACAUCUUACUCCAUUGAGGCCUCUAGAGCCUAUUUUACUGAGUCGAUGGUCUCUUCGGCUGAGACUCUGCCAUACCCGACUACAGAGAACAGCGCCUACUAUGCUGACACCAAGUCCACAACAUACAUGUCUUCGUCUUGGAACGAAGGAGCUGGUCGAUACGACUAUUAUGAAGAUACCACAGCAGCUAGUCGUUUCACGUGCUAUAACGACUACUAUGCAUAUGACGAGCAGGGUGUUGACACCGAUUUCUCCCAUCUCGAGGACAAGCCUGCCCCUUCUGACGAUGCUUAUGUCUCGCAAGCCACACAAACAUGCGAAUUACCCACUCAUUGCCCCGAGAAAUCACAGAGCUCUAAUAAACAUUUCUCUGAUGAAUCUCUUCGCUCUGACAAACGUCGUUUUGACAAACAUCGCUCUGACACAGCUGAUCGCCCUUCUCGCCCCUCCAGCAGUCCCCUUUCCAGCGAAAAGCCUUCCAAAUCUCUCAAAACAACUACACAAAACUGGGUUAACAAGCAAAGCCCAAAGCUCGCCAAAUACUCCAAAAUGGCUCAGGUCGCUACGCAGAAUUGGGUGGACAAGCAAAAAGAGAAUACGCGAGAGUUGGUUGACAAGCAAAAGAAGGAUGCGUUGAUGGUUGGUCGACUACUUGGCAAGGACUAUCGUCUCAAGCUUAACUCUCAGAGCUCACAAAAAAUGGCCAAGGGUUUCUCGUCUGUAUGCCCUUAG